CGCCUGUUCUUUCUUUCGAUUUUUUAAGGCAAUACGCAGUAGGCCGGAGAGGGGCGCUGCAAAUAUUACGUUGUUGUAGACUUUUUUGUGCUGAAGGACAGCGCUAGUUAGGCCGAAGUGCUUAGGAAGAUUGUGAGCUUAUUUCUAUCUAUAUACAAUUUGCUUUCUGUAGUAGUCAGAAAGGUAAACAAACCGCGAAGCACCGAGUUGUAUUCAAUAUCUGAGUCGAUAUCCAGACUGCGUCAUCGAACGACCCCGUUUACCCCUGCAGACCAAGAAACAACGUCUGGAAUUGGAGCACCAUUAGGGUCCCGGGAAGCGGUCUUGUCAACCGGUGGAAACGCAAUCCAGUCCGCGGAUCCACGGCCUUCAGCGGUGGAGCUUACAGCAGUGUGAUGUGAGAGCCCUUUCCCAGGAGAGGUUCUGCGAAGCUGCUGGAGGAUGUCAGACUCAGACAGUGAUGAAGAUCAGGACCGCCCCUUCUCCCUGACUGGGUUUCUCUUUGGGAACAUCAAUGAAGAUGGGCAGCUGGAGGGUGACAGCGUUCUCGACACAGAGUCGAAGAAACACCUGGCUGGCCUGGGGUCACUGGGUUUGGGGAACCUCAUUACUGAAAUCACUGCGAAUGAGGAGCAGCAGGAGGAUGAUGAGAAAGAUCCCGCCAGCACUGACGCUGAAGGCUGGGUAAAGAGUACUGAUGAUGCUGUGGAUUACUCUGAUAUCAGCGAGGUGGCAGAGGAUGAAACCCGGAAAUACAGGCAGGCGAUGAGCAGCCUGCAGCCCUUCAGAAAAUCAGAUGAUGAAGAUGACUACGAUGCUGACUGUGAGGAUAUUGAUUCGAAGCUCAUGCCCCCACCCCCUCCUCCCUCGCAUUCCCUCCCAGCUAAGAAAGAGGAGUCCACAGCUCCGGACUCCAGUGUUCCAGAUGAAGGUGACGGGAUUAUCCUCCCCUCCAUUAUCGCUCCCUCCUCACUGACGGAGAAGGUGGAGUUCAGCAGCUCCUCGGAUUCCGAGUCGGAGACCGAGCGCACUCCUCGGGGAUCAGGAGGGCUGGGCGAGGAGAGUAGUCUAACACUGCCGCUGGCUGGGAUCAUGCAGCGGGAUGCCACCAAGACACUGCCCAAUGUCACCGAGCUCUUCCCAGAGUUCCGUCCUGGCAGAGUGCUGCGUUUCUUGCGUCUCUUCGGCCCUGGGAAGAACAUGCCCUCAGUGUGGCGCAGUGCCCGCCGUAAGCGCAAGAAGAAACACAGAGAGCCACAGGCUGACAUGCCACCAAGCGAGGGCGAAGCUGGGGAGGCGGGGACAGACAAGAAGUCUGGGUGGGGCUAUGAGUAUGCCCCGCCCCCUCCUCCUGAGCAGUGUCUCUCCGAUGACGAGAUCACGAUGAUGGCUCCUGUGGAGUCCAAGUUCUCGCAGGCCUCGGGCGAUGCUGACAAGGUUGCAGAGACCAGACCCAAAGUGGCGGAGUGGCGGUACGGACCUGCUCAGCUGUGGUAUGACAUGCUGGGGGUCCCUGAGGAUGGGACCGGGUUCGACUACGGUUUCAGAUUGAAGGAGAGCAGUGCGGAGGGGCAGCAGACUUCAGGAACACAGGACAUUGAAGUUAAAGUGACGCAGGAAGCAGAGGAACUAAAAGGAGAGGAUGAUUGUAAAGGCAAGGAGGGCGAUGGGGGGCAGGAGGAGAGUCCACAGCUUCUGGAGAACGAGCACUUCCUGAUGGUGACGCAGCUGCAGUGGGAGGAAGACAUCAUCUGGAAUGGAGAAGAUGUGAAGCACAAAGGGACCAAAACCCAGCGGGCCAGUCUCGCGGGUUGGCUCCCUUCCAGCAUGACCAGGAACGCCACAGCGUACAACGCCCAGCAGGGUCUGAAUCGGAGUAACUCCUUACUGGUGCCUCCCACUCCUCCUCCAAUAAUCCAGAAAUCAGUGACACCUGGGACCCAGGGCUCCAGUAAAAGCAGAGAUAAGCAUGCUCAAGAACAGCAAGCCUUCCAUGAGGAUGACCGCACCUGGUUCUCUAUCUUCCCCAUCGAUAGCGAGGAGCUUGUGUACGGCCGUUGGGAGGAUAACAUCAUCUGGGACGACCAGGCCAUGAAUCGUAAACUUUAUCCACCUGUCCUGACCCUCGACCCCAACGAUGAGAACAUCAUCCUUGAAAUACCUGACGAGAAGGAGGAGAUGACUUCCAACUCCCCUUCCAAGGAGAACAAGAAGGAGUCGUCCCUGAAGAAGAGCCGCAUCCUGCUGGGCAAGACUGGGGUCAUCAAGGACGAGCCGCAGCAGAACAUGUCUCAGCCAGAGGUGAAGGACCCCUGGAACCUCUCCAAUGAUGAGUUCUAUUACCCCAAACAGCAGGGCCUGCGGGGCACUUUCGGAGGCAACAUCAUCCAGCACUCUAUCCCUGCAGUGGAGCUCCGGCAGCCCUUCUUCCCUACCCACAUGGGACCCAUGAAGCUGCGUCUCUUUCACCGGCCAUCCCUGAAGAAAUACUCGUUUGGAGUGCUAUCCCAGCCUGGGCCACAUUCUGUCCAGUCCCUCCUCAAACACAUCAAGAAGAAAGCCAAGGUGCGGGAGCAGGAGAGGCAGGCCUCGGGUGGCGGGGACAUGUUCUUCAUGCGCACGGCUCAGGACCUGACUGGUAAAGAUGGGGACCUGAUCCUGGCUGAGUACAGUGAAGAGUACCCACCUCUCAUGAUGCAGGUCGGCAUGGCAUCCAAGAUCAAGAACUACUACAAACGGAAACCUGGGAAGGACCCAGGAGCACCAGAUUGUAAAUAUGGAGAGACUGUCUACUGCCACACCUCUCCCUUUCUGGGAUCGCUCCAUCCAGGGCAGUUGCUGCAGGCCUUUGAGAAUAACCUUUUCCGUGUCCCCAUAUACCUACACAAGAUGCCAGAGACUGACUUUCUGGUGAUCCGGACGAGACAGGGCUACUACAUCCGGGAGCUGGUGGACAUUUUUGUGGUGGGGCAGCAGUGCCCACUGUAUGAGGUGCCCGGGCCCAACUCCAAACGGGCCAACACACACAUCCGAGACUUCCUGCAGGUCUUUAUUUAUCGUCUCUUCUGGAAGAGUAAAGACCGGCCACGUCGAAUCCGAAUGGAGGACAUAAAGAAGGCGUUUCCAUCACAUUCUGAAAGCAGCAUAAGGAAAAGGCUAAAACUGUGUGCAGAUUUUAAACGGACAGGUAUGGAUUCUAACUGGUGGGUCCUGAAGCCGGAUUUCCGCUUGCCCACAGAGGAGGAGAUCCGAGCCAUGGUCUCCCCAGAACAGUGCUGCGCAUACUACAGCAUGCUAGUGGCAGAGCAGAGACUCAAGGAUGCUGGAUAUGGAGAGAAAUCUUUUUUCGCUCCCGAGGAGGAAAAUGAGGAAGACUUCCAGAUGAAGAUCGAUGAUGAGGUGCGGACAGCUCCCUGGAAUACCACUCGUGCCUUCAUAGCAGCGAUGAAGGGGAAGUGCCUGCUGGAGGUGACGGGGGUGGCUGACCCCACCGGCUGCGGGGAAGGGUUCUCCUAUGUUAAAGUUCCAAACAAACCCACGCAGCAGAAGGAUGACAGGGAGCCACAGCCAGCGAAGAAGACUGUGACUGGAACAGAUGCUGAUCUGAGACGUCUGUCCCUUAAAAAUGCCAAACAGCUGCUCCGCAAAUUCGGGGUUCCAGAAGAAGAGAUUAAGAAGCUGUCCCGUUGGGAGGUGAUAGACGUUGUUAGGACCAUGUCAACAGAGCAGGCUCGUUCGGGGGAGGGCCCCAUGAGUAAAUUUGCAAGAGGGUCACGCUUUUCUGUUGCUGAACACCAGGAGAGAUACAAGGAGGAGUGCCAGAGGAUCUUUGACCUGCAGAACAAGGUACUGGAAUCCGCAGAGAUUCUGUCGACAGACACAGACAGUAGCUCCGCGGAGGACAGUGAUUUCGAGGAGAUGGGGAAGAACAUUGAGAACAUGCUUCAAAACAAGAAGACAAGCUCCCAGCUGUCUCGUGAGAGAGAGGAGCAGGAGAGAAAGGAGCUGCACAGGAUGCUGAUGGGGGAGGACAGCGGCCCAGAGAGGGACAAGGGCAGGAAGGGAAGGAGAGACCACAAGGGCUUCUCCAGUGCACUUUCAACUGGCUCCCACAAGGACGAUGAUGCUUCCUCUGUUACCAGCCUCAACUCCUCAGCUACAGGCCGGCGCCUGAAAAUCUACCGCACGUUCCGCGAUGAGGACGGGAAGGAGUAUGUGCGCUGCGAGACUGUCCGGAAACCCUCCGUCAUCGACGCCUACACCCGGAUACGAACCACCAAAGACGAGGAUUUCAUUCGGAAGUUCGCCUUGUUUGACGAGCAGCACCGGGAGGAGAUGAGGAAGGAGCGUCGGCGCAUUCAAGAGCAGCUGCGUCGACUGAAACGGAACCAGGAGAAGGACAAGAUGAAGGGACCGCCUGAGAAAAAAGCCAAGAAGAUGAAGGAACGGCCAGACCUUAAGCUGAAGUGUGGUGCCUGCGGUGCCAUUGGUCACAUGAGAACUAAUAAGUUCUGCCCGCUGUAUUACCAAACCAACGCUCCGCCCUCUAACCCAGUUGCCAUGACUGAGGAGCAGGAGGAGGAGCUGGAGAAGACAGUGAUCCAUAACGAUAACGAGGAGCUAAUCAAAGUGGAGGGGACAAAGAUUGUGCUGGGCAAGCAGCUCAUUGAGAGUGCGGAUGAGGUGCGAAGGAAGUCCCUGGUCCUGAAGUUCCCUAAACAGCAGCUCCCCCCAAAGAAGAAGCGUCGUGUGGGAACAACCGUGCACUGCGACUACCUGAAUCGGCCACACAAAUCAAUCCACCGGCGCAGGACUGACCCCAUGGUGACCCUCUCCUCCAUCCUCGAAGGGAUCAUUAACGACAUGCGGGACCACCCAAACUCCCGGCUCUCUGACGUCCCCUCUGCUUGCCGUUCCCAGACCUAUCCCUUUCACACCCCGGUCAAUGCCAAGGUGGUGAAGGAUUAUUACAAAAUCAUCACGCGGCCCAUGGACCUGCAGACUUUGCGGGAGAAUGUCCGCAAGCGCAUGUACCCAUCACGGGAGGAAUUCCGUGAGAACGUGGAGCUCAUUGUGAAAAACAGUGCCACCUACAACGGUGCGAAGCAUCCUCUGACCCAGAUUGCACAGUGCAUGCUGGAUCUCUGUGACGAGAAGCUGAAGGAGAAAGAGGAUAGGCUAGUGCGGCUCGAGAAGGCUAUUAAUCCUUUGCUGGACGAUGACGACCAAGUUGCCUUCUCCUUCAUCCUUGACAACAUUGUCACUCAGAAGAUGAUGGCGGUGCCUGAUUCAUGGCCAUUCCACCAUCCAGUGAAUAAGAAGUUUGUUCCAGAUUAUUACAAAGUGAUUGUAAGCCCCAUGGACCUGGAGAACAUCCGAAAGAAUAUUUCUAAACAUAAAUACCAGCACCGAGAAGCUUUUCUGUACGACGUGAGCUUGAUUCAUACAAAUAGUGUGAAGUAUAAUGGCCCUGACAGUCUCUAUACCAAAACAGCUGAGGACAUUGUCACUAUCUGCAAACAGACCCUGGCAGAGUAUGAUGAGCACCUCACUCAGCUGGAGAAGGACAUUUCCACAGCCAAGGAGGCAGCUCUGGAUGCUGCAGACUUAGAAAGCCUUGACCCCAUGACACCCGGACCCUACACGCCACAGCCCCUUGACCUGUAUGACACCACUUCCCUCAGCAUGACCAGAGAUAGCAGCCUAUAUCUGGACGACAGCAACCUGUCUGCAAUGGCCACACCGACAACCACACCUGAGAAGAGAGGACUGCAGAUGCGUCACAGACGUGGCCGGCAUGGCGGGGAGGAGUCCGACGUGGAUAUCGAAGGAUAUGAAGAGGAAGACGAUGGCAAACCAAAGACUCCUGCACCUGAGGUGGAUGACGGUGAGGGGGAUCUGGGCGAUGACGAUGAAGAGGAAGGGUCUUUGCGGCCGCCCCAAGCCAGUGUGCUUUACCAGGAUCUGCUCAUGUCUGAAGGAGAGGACGAUGAUGAUGCCAGCGAUGAAGAAGGAGACAACCCCUUCUCCUCAAUCCACCUGAGUGAGAGUGGCAGUGACUCUGACCUGGAGUCAAGCAGCAUCAGGCCAAAGCAGCUGCAUGUCCACCAAGAGAACACCAUGCUGGGGCUGGAUAAUGAUGAGAGCAUGAUGUCCUACGAGGGGGACGGAGCAGAGCCAUCGCAGCUGGAGGACAGCAACGUCAGCUACGAGAGUUACGAGGAUGUGGAUUCGCGGUCUCAUAACCGAGCCCAGAGUUUCAGCAGUGCAGGUGGGUAUGGUCUCAGUGAGGAAGAGGAGGACGAGGAAGAAGCCGAGGAAGAGGCGGCGAGGCAGCACCACGGACCCAGUGUCCUCACUCGAGUGCAGCUGAGCGAGGAUGAGGAGGACAGUGAGGACUUCCGCUCCAUUGGGGUGGACAGCGACGUGGACUCUGACCCCUAGGGAGUGUCAACAGAACACAAACAACCACAGCUAAACAACACAACAAAACUUCUUCACAAGACAACUGUUUUUGGUACUCCAUACACUGUUGAAGUUGCAUGUUUUCAUACUCAAGAAAGGUGUAUUUUCUUCAUUAUACCACGUGUUAGCAUGUUAGUUUGUGUCUUGAAUUCAGUAUCACCUGCUGAUUUGAUCUCAAGCUUAGUGAAAUAAACCAGACGGCAUGGUCUUGCAGUUGUGGCUGAAGACUGUGAAGCAGGACAAAAGAUCCAGGUUUGGUUUCCCAGUCUUAAGUGACCCUGAGAGGAAGUGGUGGUUAAGUUACUUGAUCUCUCUGUGUACCUUUUUUCACAAACAAGGCUUAAAACUGGACUGAAACUGACACAUUCAUUAUACUCCUGUUGAAAUUCUGGAAUUUCAGAAUUCGGUGGUGUAAAGUCCACUUGCAAAAUGAUCAGGUGCUAGUAAUUUGGCCAAAUGCUAAAUGGUUAACUAAGUCUAAUUGAUUAACUGCUGGAAGAGGUUCACGGGGAUCAUGUGAGACUAUUUACUGGCUGGAUAACUGUGUUGUGUUUGGAGCACAAUUUAGAGGGGACUAAUUGCCACUUUGAAGCAUGGUGAUCAUCAUUAAAGUGGGUUGCCCUUCAUACAUCGCAAAGUGUCGUUGACCAAAAGUGACUUCAGGAUCACCUUGUACUUUGAAAAUGUAAUGGCAACAAGGCUGUGGCAUGGGCAGUAGAACAAUUAUGGUGUGAUAAGUAAACAAGAGUUAAUCUUGUGCCAAUAGGUUUAGAAGUCAGUACUGGACAGGAGCAUUCGCAAAUGGCUGAACCAGGGGCUUUGGGGCUCCUGUACAGCCAUCACACCACACUGCCACAAAAAGCUAGCUGGGCUAAACCACAGCCACAAAGUACAGCAUUAUACUUUUUUUUUUUUUUUUUUUUUUUUUUUUAAGAUGAUGUCCUUUGCAUAACUGUCUUAUAGACAGUAGUAAAAUUUUUGUAUUGAAACCUAAAAUUAUAAAAGCUGUCACAAUUGUAUAAUGUGGAUUAUCUUUGUCCCACGACAGUCCAGCUUCUGUUCUGUACAUUUAUGUAUGUCUAUUUAACUUUUUUUUUGUUGCAGUUGGUUCAGUGUUUUAAGAAGGGUUAUAAAGGUGAAUAAUCAUUUGUAUGUAAAUAGUAUGCAGUUGUGUUCAGGUUUGAAUAUAAAUGCAUUCAAUAAAAGCCCAAGCUCUUUGUCAUAGCCAUAAUUAAUCAUAAAUUAAAACAAAAUAAUUAUUCAGCUUAGUUAUCUGUUAGCUAAUUUAUAUAUAUAAAUAUAUAUAUAUAUAUAUAUAUAUAUAUAUAUAUAUAUAUAUAUAUAUAUAUAUAUAUAUACAGACACACACACACACACACACACAUACACUGUGUUGAAUAUUACAUUUUUAAAGGUACAGCAUCUAAAACAUUUACAUUUUGCAUAACUUUAAAUGGACACUACGUCCAGUUGUCUUCCGGAAUUACCAUUGAAAUGUGCAUUAACUACACAAGACACCAUAUUACUUCCCAAAUAAUGUCUUACUUGGCCCAAAUUAAUGUAAGGAUAAUCCAAGGAUCUGAACAGAAAUCUUAAACCUUACAAUUAAGACAAUAUAGUAUACUUUUCCUGACUGAUGUGUCGUGAACAUUUUUUUUCUUUUUUUUUUACCAGUAGAUGGCGGUAAAGGAUAAACAUUCCGUUUUAAAGAGCUUCUAAUGUAAUUUUAUUUUGUGAUGUUUUUCUUGCAUUUUAUAAUGUUUUCAAUCAUUGAGUGCUUCUGGGUUUUUCUGUUCCAAUAUUAAGUCAUAUUUUUUCUCAA